AUGUCUUCCUCGGCCUCUUCAUCGUCUGAACCCAAAUUGACCUUCCAAUUCCACGUCCUCCUAACUUUAUUCAAUGGUAUCGAAGAUCCUGUAAGAAUUAUUUUCGAGAAUGCUUUAAGGGACGCUGGGAUGAGAACUUACUUUGCUGACUUCGUCGAGCAUUCCAUAUGGAAGAUGAUAGAAAGAUGCAGAAUUGUGGUGGUGGUAAUCACACCAGAAUUCGUCAAGUCUUGCAUAUGCCUUGAGAGGCUGGGGGAUAUAAUGUCGGCUCCCAAAACAGUGUUGCCUUUCUUCUAUGGAGAGAGAAGCCAUGAAGUGCGUGUGCGGUUCGAGAACUACUAUUUUCCAAUAAUAUUCGGUAAAUCCAUUUCCCCUAGGGAUUCCCUACGAAGAGCCAGCGUUUUGUGUUCUUUGCGACAUGGCUUCACAUUGACACCUGAUUUCGGUUCUCGGAUUCGCAAAAACCCAUAUACAAAGAAACGGUUGAAAGCUAACGAGGGAGGUGGGAUAUCUCCCAGAACAACACACCCUGUUAGUGCAACGGUGCAUGCUAGGUUUUCAGGGUUGCAACCUCGUGUGACAGAAGUGCUUCAACGAUCGGGUUGGAAAUACCAUCAUAAGGAAAAUACAAUCAUAGUUGGAAUUUGGGGGGUUGGAGGUAUUGGUAAAACUACCAUUGCCAGAACUAUUUAUGAUACAAUUGGUGGCCAUUUUGAUUACAAAAGUUUUCUUGCUAAUAUCAAGGGUAAAUGGGAGGACGAUGAUAAUUGUCAACUUCUGUCACUAGGUCAGCAUCUAAACCAUAUGAAACAAGGACCUUAUGAAAGAGCCUUAGUUGUAGUUGAUGGUGUAAAUCAAGCAGAUGACCUCGAUAAACUGUGUAGAAAUAGACAGCAGUUUGGCAAAGGGAGUUUGAUUUUGGUUACAGCAAGAGAAAAGUUACUUGAGAACUUUGUUGAAAAAUCAUAUGAAAUGAAAAGGCUGGACAACAAUGAAUCUCUUGAGCUUUUCAGUUGGCAUGCAUUUAAAAGCUGUGAUCCAACAAAUGAUUUUGUGAAUCUUUCUAGGAAACUAAUUACUUUAUGUGAAGGGCUACCAUUGAUUCUAGAACUUAUAGGCUCUCUUUUGCACAAUAGGACAAAAUCGGAGUGGAGAAAAGUAUUGAAUAAAUUAAAAGAAGUUCCAAAAGGCCAUAUACAACGUAUGCUUAAAAUAAGCGUAGACCUGUUGGCUGAUGAAGAAAAGGAAUUAUUUUGUGAUAUAGCGCACUUUCAUGUUGGCCAGAGCAAACAUUAUGUUACAGAUUUGUUUAAGGGCUCAACAUUCUCAAUAGAAAUGGGAAUGCAAGUACUAAUGGAGCGUAACCUUGUAAAGGUUGUCAAUGACAAGAUUCAUGUGCAUGAUUUGCUACAAGAGAUAUGGAGGGGAAUCACUACAGACAAUAAGCCAAAGUUCACAUGUUUCGAUGUGUUCUUAAGCUUUAGGGGUGAGGAUACGCGUAAAUCAUUUACUACUCAUCUUUAUUAUGCUUUGAAACAGGCAGGAAUUGAGGUUUUCAUGGAUGAAGAAGGGAUUGAAAGGGGGGAAAACAUUUCAAGUUCGUUACUAGGGGCAAUUGAAAAUUCUAGAAUUUCAAUCAUUAUAUUCUCAAAAAAUUAUGCUGGCUCUAGUUGGUGCUUGCAAGAAUUAGAGAAAAUCAUGGAGUGUUACAAAAUUCAUCAAGAGGUUUUCCCUAUAUUCUAUGAUGUGCAACCAUCUGAUGUUCGUAAACAACAAAAUGCUUUUGGAAAAGCAUGGGAAAGACUUAUAACAAGACCCUCAAGUAGUGAAGAUAAGAAAUUGACAAACUAUUUGAAGAGACUCCUUGCUGAGGCUGCCAGCUUAUCAGGGUGGGACAUGCAAAAUUACAGAACUGAGACUGAGUUACUUGAUGAUGUUGUUAAAACUGUCACAAUGAGGCUAGACAAUAGCCGAUACAUGUUUGUUGCUCACCAUCCAGUGGGUUUGGAGUCUCGAGUGCAAGAUAUCAUCCAAUUGCUAAGUAGUGAAUCAAAUGAGACCAUCAUAAUAGGCAUUUGGGGGAUGGGAGGGAUUGGCAAGACUACGGUGGCUAAAACCAUUUACAAUGAAAUAGGCCAAAGUUUUGUGGGAAAGAGUUUCAUUGCAAAUAUUAGGGAAGUAUGGAAGCAAGAUAAUGGUCAAGUUUAUUUGCAAGAACAACUUAUUUCCAGCAUCUUAAAAACAAGACGAAUCAAUCUACCAAAUGCUGGGAGUGAAAAAUCUCCAAUCAAGGAAAUUCUUUGUCAGAAAAGAGUAUUUCUUGUAUUAGAUGAUAUCAGUAGUGAAAACCAGCUCAAAGUUUUAUGCGGGAGUCGUGAAUGGUUUGGCCAAGGAAGCAGAAUAAUUAUUACAACAAGAGACGAACGUCUACUUCAGAUCCUUCAAGCAGAUAAAGUAUUUAGUGCAAAGGAAAUGGAUGAGAAUGAAUCUAUUGAGCUUUUCAGUUGGCAUGCAUUUAAGCAAGCACUUCCUGAAAGGAAUUUCAUUGAACUUUCAAGAAGGGUAGUAUCAUACUGUAGAGGGCUACCACUAGCACUUGAAAUCCUUGGCUCAUAUUUGUUUGACAGGGAAAUACCUUAUUGGGAAAGUGCUUUGAAUAAAUUGAAACAAAUUCCCAAUGGUAAAAUAUAUGAAAUUUUAAAGAUAAGUUAUGAUGGUCUGACUGAUAAAACAGAGCAAGAGCUAUUCCUAGACAUAUGUUGUUUUUUCAUUGGAAAGGACAGAAGCUAUGUGACUCGCGUAUUAGAUAGUUGUGGACUUCAUGCAGAAAUGGGAAUCACCCAUCUAAUUGAGCGAAGCCUUGUAAAAGUGGUGAAGUUUGGAAACAAAAAUGUACUUGAUAUGCAUGACUUGCUACGUGAUAUGGGAAGAGAAAUCAUUCGUGAGCAAUUUCCAGAGGAGCCAGAGAAACGUACUAGAUUAUGGUCUAAUGAUGACACAUUGAAUGUGUUAGAAAAUAAGAUUGGAACAGUAGCUACUAAGGGAUUGUCAUUAAGCAUGCCAAGAAACAAUUCAGUAUCAUUGAGUACUGGUGCAUUUAAGAAGAUGGAGAGGCUUCGUUUACUCAACUUUGAUCAUGUACAGCUUAAUGGAGAAUAUGGUUAUCUAUCAAAAGAAUUGAGAUGGCUUUGUUGGCGUAGAUUUCUUUUAGAGAGCUUGCCAACAAACUUCAAUCUAAAAAGGAUAGUUGCCAUUGAUUUAAAGUGGAGUAAACUAACAAAAGUAUGGGAGAAAAGCCAGGUGCUGGAAUGGUUGAAAAUUCUCAAUCUGAGUCAUUCUCACUACCUAACAGAAACACCGGACUUUUCAAAAUUACCGUAUCUUGAGAAGUUGAUACUUAAAGAUUGUCUUGGUUUGUCUGUGAUUCACCCUUCUAUUGGAAAUCUUAGACAUCUUAUCAUGCUAAAUUUGAAAAACUGUAAUGGCUUGGAGCAUCUUCCAAGGAGUAUAUAUGACUUGAAAUCUUUGAAAACUUUCAAUCUUUUUGGUUGUUCCAAGAUUGAAAGGAUUGUCACGAGAUAUAUUUCCAUCUCUUAUGUUGACAUGGUUGCCCCCAACAAAUCAUUCAAGGUCCUCAUUUCGAGUAUUUGGGAUCAUGCCAUCAUUAAUCAAGAUUCUUUCACAACCUUUGUUCGCCAAAAGUUGUGA